GAUAUGGCUUACAUGAACAGCUCAGCUUUCGCCGUACUAGUUACUAUCACAUCUUCAUGACUUUGAAUCAUCGCUAGCGAAAACGCGAAAAUUGAUCGGCGCUUGCCUCAACAGCAUGGAUGGGGUCCGCCUUUUGAAGAGCGAAUUCGAGGCGGCACCGCUUCAAUUUUUGGGGCAAGCGAAGGAUGAGAAGCAAAAGUUUGAACUCAUCAAGCCGGGAAACAAAAUCGAGGAUGUCAAAUAUGCUAUAAAGCAGUGCAGUACAGUCUAUGAGGCUCGCAAACCAGACUCUAAGGCUUUAAAGUGGCUGCGACAGUUAUCAGAGAAGAUGAUUUUCUACGAAGGUGUCGUCGACGUGCUCAUCCAGCAACACCCGGAAACCGUCUCGCUGAUAUGGGGAGGAAUGAAGUUCUUGUUACUGGGUGUUAUAAAUCACGAAAAGACAGUCAAAGGCUUGGCCAAGGCCCUGUCUGAGAUUGCAGAUGCGCUACCACGCGUGGAGAUCCGUUCCAGUCUAUUUCCAACAGACCGAAUGAAAGCUGCGGUGUCGAAUCUAUCCGCUGAUAUACUCAAGUUCCUCACGCGAGCCCACAAAUGGUUCUCCGAAGGAUCUCUCAAACGUACAAUUCAUAGUUUCACACAACCGUUCGAUCUCCGCUACGGCGAUAUUCUUGAGGACAUCCGGCGCGGGUCAUACUUGGUGAAAGACUUGGCGGCCUGCGGACAGCUGUUUGAGCUGCGCCAGGUGAACAGAAAUGUUGAGGAUAUACGUGACUCUGUGCUUGGUAUUUCUCGCAUAGAAUCUGCGCUAGGGGCGGUAAAGACGAGAAUGGACAGCCUUGAGACCAGUUACGUUGAACAUCUUGAAGCAAUCGCAAAAACUACAAGUUUGAUCUCAUCAACCACACUCGACACCAACAAGCAGGUUACUGACUUGCAGUUCUCACAGAUCAUGCAGUCACUCGAGGGCCCGAACUUGUGGACCCCACAAAAAGCUUUGAGUUAUCUGCUGGUCAACCAGAAACGCUCGUCCCAGAAUAAAGCCCGUCAGUUAUCCGAGGGCUUUUGGGAAUUUGCGCGCAUGAGACGGUGGGCGAGAUCAAAUCAAUCAGAUAUUUCAAUAGUCAAGGGAGACUUUCGCUCGCGGCAUGCACUCAAGUGUUUCUCUGUCGACGUGAUCGAGCAGCUGCAACUGAAUAGAAUCCCAAUUAUAUUCGCCAUUGGCACGUCGCAGGAGGGCGCCGCUGCUAAGAGCAUGUCCACCAAAGACGUCCUCAAAUAUCUGGUACGGCAGGUCCUGGAUCUUCGGCGAACGGGACAGACAGAGAAGUCCAUGUCCCUCAACGCUGCGGCUUUUUCGGGCAGCCCUUCCGAGAAAGAGUGGUUUGCUCUUUUGCAAAAUCUCUUAUCCGGACUAUCGGGUAAUGUUUACUUGGUCAUGGAUUUGGAACUGCUCAACGGGCAUUUCGAAACCGAUUCAGGUUUUCACUGGCUUUCAGCAUUCCUAGACCUGUUCAAGUCACUUGGCGAGCGUGGAGCCCUGCUCACGAUCAAGGUACUGUUGGUCAGUUACAGUCCAGAGUUACCAUUUGACACUUCAGAAUCUCGGUACUCUGAAUUUGUUGUACCAGCGAAGACGACUAAAUUGAAAGCCCAAAGGCGAAAAGGGAAGGUAUCGGCGGUCAGGGGUCGAGGGCGUCAGUCACGUUUUGCAAUCAAAGGGUAGGCUGCGAGAAGAAAGACAAAAUAAGCGUUCUUCAUUCGGCAUUCAAAUACGCACCCUAAUAAUUCAAUGCCAUAUUCAUUCCAAGAAGAAGUGGGGUCAGCGCAUUUGAGGUGCAUUAUCUGAUGUGAUGCCACAGGAACGAGCACAAUGAAGACCCGGGCCGUGGAAAUACUUUCAGGGCUAGCUACUUUUGAGAAGAACGAUGGAAGAAAAUCACAAGAUCAAGGCCAACACUGGAAAGAGACUAGGACGUCGCUGGGAAAGACAAGAACUAAAUUCUGUCAUGCGUGUCAGCAUGUGACAAUGCCCUAUAGUGAUUGGUG